CCAUGAAGACAGCGAAACUGAGAGUGGCUAAAGCAAAAGAAGAUUGAGGGAUGGAAUAUGCCACUUCAAUGCAAAAACGAUGCUUUUCACGUCCCUAAUCAUCGUCAAACAAAACCACGAACUAGAUUAACUCCCACAUCCAAUAUCAAAAUCUGAAUCCGAACCCGAAUUCGAAUCGAAAUCCACCCAACCACCAUGAUUUCCGAUCAUGGCACAGUCCCCUUCUUCCUCUGCUUCUUCAUCUUCCUCCACUUCCACUUCCCCGGCGUCCACUCCAAACCCUACCUCUCCGCCACCCCCACCACACUUUCCAAAUCUGGCGACUUCGUCCACCUCCAAUGGUCCGGCGUCGAAGGCCCUUCCGACUACGAUUUCCUAGCCAUCUACUCUCCUCCGACUUCUCCCCACGACAACUUCGUCGGCUACCGAUUCCUCUCCGAAUCCCCCACUUGGGAAUCCGGGUCGGGCAACAUCUCCUUCCCUCUCGUUGACCUCCGCUCCAACUACUCUUUCCGAAUUUUCCGCUGGACCCGAUCCGAAAUCAACCCCAAGCGCAAGGACCACGACAACAACCCUCUGCCCUCCACGCGCCGCCUCCUGGCGUUCUCCGGCGAGGUUGCCUUUGCGCCGAACCGGGGCCCCGGACAGAUCCACCUGGCCUUCGGGGACCAACCCGACGCCAUGCGCGUCAUGUACGUCACGCCCAACCCCCACGAGACCUACGUGCGCUACGGGGAAAAGGAGGACGCGCUCGACACCGUCGUACUCGCACGUGUGGAGCGCUAUGAGAGGGACCACAUGUGCGACGCGCCCGCCAACUCCAGUGUUGGGUGGAGAGACCCUGGUUAUAUCCACAACGCGCUUCUUACGGAUUUGAAGAAGGGACACAUUUAUUAUUACAAGGUUGGAAAUGAUAAUGGAGGUUGGUCUGCAACUCACAGUUUUGUCUCGAGGAAUAGUGAUUCAGAUGAAACAAUAGCUUUCCUAUUUGGUGACAUGGGAACAAGUGUACCAUAUAAUACGUUUGUGCGAACACAGGAUGAAAGCGUAUCAACCAUGAAGUGGAUCCUCCGUGAUGUUGAAGCUCUAGGUGACAAGCCAGCCUUUAUAUCUCACAUUGGAGACAUUAGCUAUGCAAGAGGUUAUUCGUGGUUGUGGGACCAUUUUUUCAGCCAGAUUGAGCCUGUUGCGUCCAAAGUGGCAUACCAUGUUUGCAUUGGCAAUCAUGAGUAUGAUUGGCCUUUGCAGCCGUGGAAACCUGAUUGGGCCACUUAUGGAAAAGAUGGGGGCGGUGAGUGUGGUGUGCCUUACAGUUUGAGAUUCAACAUGCCUGGAAACUCUUCAGAACCGACUGGAACUGAAGCCCCGCCAACUAGGAAUCUUUAUUAUUCAUUUGAUAUGGGAGCAGUACACUUUGUGUAUAUUUCCACGGAGACUAAUUUCCUCCCUGGGAGCAACCAGUACAACUUCUUGAAGCAUGAUCUGGAAUCAGUUGACAGGAACAAAACUCCUUUUGUGGUAGUGCAAGGGCACAGACCCAUGUAUACUACCAGUCAUGAAAAUAGGGAUGCUGCUUUAAGAGGGAAGAUGCUGGAGCAUUUGGAACCUCUGUUUGUGAAUAACAAGGUCUCACUUGCUCUUUGGGGUCAUGUUCAUCGAUAUGAGAGAUUUUGUGCACUGAAUAACUUCACAUGUGGUGGUAAUGUGGGUCAGAGCACAGGGGACAAGAAAGCAUACACUGUUCAUAUUGUGAUUGGCAUGGCAGGGCAAGAUUGGCAACCUACCUGGGAACCAAGGCCAGACCAUCCGAAUGACCCAAUCUUUCCACAGCCGAAUUGGUCCCUGUACCGUGGGGGUGAGUUUGGGUACACAAGACUGGUGGCUUCAAAGCAGAAGCUUGUGCUUUCUUAUGUCGGAAACCAUGACGGUAUAGUGCAUGACAUGGUGGAAAUUCUGGCAUCUGGGGAAGUUGUCAGUGGUAAUGGAGACUGUAGUAUUGAUGCUAACUCUAAAGCUGAAAAUGUUAUUGUGGAGUCCACUUUGUCAUGGUAUGUGAAGGGAGGAAGUGUGCUAUUUCUUGGGGCAUUCAUGGGUUACGUUCUUGGUUUCGUCACAAGUGCCAGGAAGAAGUCUGAGGAGGCCAGGAGCAAUUGGACUCCAGUGAAGACUACGGAGACUUGAACUAUUUAUUAAUGGUUACCACCUUUUCAAAUAGGUCGUGAAGGUUCACAUAAAAGGAAAACAAAAUGAGAUAUCCACUCGUUUUUGUUCAAGGCUAUUAAGUUGUCACCUCAUACUUGAGGACAUGUAUUUGUAUAUAUGUAUUCUUUCUUGCUUAUUUAUGGCAUCUGAGGCCUUUCGUAUGACCUUGUGCUGUACAUUAUUCAAGGUAAUAUGAUUUGUCGGAUGAGACCAUACUCUUGUAACAGAACAAGUGUUAGAUAUGAGUGCACUAUUGAUACACUAAAUGAGAUUUCCACUCGUUUUUGUUCAAGACCAUUAAGUUGUCACCUCA